AUGAAAUCGAUAUCAUUCCAUGGCAAUAACCAUGGGCUUCAGAUUGGAGAUAACCGUGGCUCGAUCAAUGCGGAGUUUCAUCUGCCUCCGGAGCGACCAGAAACCCCGCCCAGCCCUCUGUCAACUGUGCCAUUCACGCGCGACCCAGACUUUGUCCGUCGCAAUACACUGUUUGAUCAGAUCUAUCGUAAAAACUCGGUCGCGGGGUCGAGGAUAGCGCUGAUUGGCCUCGGAGGUGUUGGAAAGUCGCAACUUGCGAUCGAAUACUCCUACCAAGUCCGAUCCAAAUCACCGGCAACAUGGGUUUUCUGGGUCCAUGCGAGUAAUGAAGCCCGAUUUGAGCAAAGUUUCCGGGACAUCGCGUACCAGGUUAAAAUCCCGGGUCGUCAAGAUGCUAAAGUUAACAUAUUCAAACUGGUCGAAAACUGGCUCCGGGAUGAAAAGAUAGGAAAUUGGGUUUGUAUCCUUGAUAAUCUCGAUAACGAUCAGCUUCUUUGCUCGUUUCCGGCGACAGGCAAGGGAGAAGAUCCGAUAAGUGGCUCAACGAACGCCUCCAGAAAACCACUCUUAGAAUACAUUCCUAGAAGCCGAAAUGGAUCCCUCAUUAUCACGAGUCGGACUAGAGAGGUUGCGUUGAAGUUGGUCAAUCACAACGACCUUAUUGAGGUUAAACCCAUGGAAAAGUCCGAAGCUCUAGAGCUUCUCCAAAGAAAGCUUGAACAACUAGGAGAGAGCCAAGAGAGUCGACAAUUAGUGAGCACGUUAGAGUUCAUGCCGCUAGCGAUCGUACAGGCCGCUAGCUAUAUUCGAAAUCGGGCGCCUCGGUCUUCGGUAUCACAAAACUUGAAAGAUUUUCUAAGGAGUGACCGUGAAGCAACAAAACUACUGAAAAAAGAGGCGGGCCACCUCUACCGGGACUGGGAAGCAAAGAAUUCAAUUCUGGUGACGUGGCAAAUAUCAUUUGAUUAUAUGCGCCAAACAAAGCCGUCAGCAGCGCGGUUGCUUUCUCUCAUGAGCUUUUUCGAUCGGCAAGGAAUACCAGAGAACCUUAUCCGGCAUCAGCCUAAGGCCAACUACAUAUCAAGUUCAGAACUUCCAACUGACUCCAGCGACGGGGAGACAUCUGAAUCCGAUUCCGGUCCCGAUUUUGAAGAUGACGUCGCAACGCUUAGGGACUAUUCAUUUAUAUCUGUCAUUGAAAACAGUACACUUUUUACGAUGCACCGGCUGGUGCAACUGACUAUGCGCGCGUGGUUGAAAUCUCAUGGACAAAUAGACCAAUGGAAGGGUGAAUUCAUUAGCACCCUAUGCGACGAGUUUCCUACUGGUGAAUACGAAAAUUGGGAGAGAUGCAGACCGCUCUUUCCUCAUGUCAAAUCCGCAAUGUCACAACAGCCAGCAUCGCCUGAGGGUAUACGAAAAUGGGCUAUAUUGCUUUAUAGAGGUGCAUGGUAUGCGUUGCAGGUUGGUAAUAUCGCGGAUGCAAGAGAAAUGGCAUUUCAAUCAAGAAAUCAAAGAAUGAUUUUGUUAGAAGAUGAACACGAAGAAACCAUUGAUAGCACAAGCAUGUUGGCGUCGACAUAUAGGAAGCAGGGCCGGUGGGAGGUGGCCGAGCAGCUCUUUGUGCAGGUGAUGGAGACUCGCAAGAUGAAGCUCGGCGAGGACCAUCCCUCCACGCUGAGCAGUAAGGCCAACCUGGCGUCGACAUAUAGGAAGCAGGGCCGGUGGGAGGUGGCCGAGCAGCUCUUUGUGCAGGUGAUGGAGACGAGCAAGAUGAAGCUCGGCAAGGACCAUCCCGACACGCUGACUAGGAUGGCCAACCUGGCGAUGACAUAUAGGAAGCAGGGCCGGUGGGAGGAGGCCGAGCAGCUCUUUGUGCAGGUGAUGGAGACGAGCAAGAUGAAGCUCGGCAAGGACCAUCCCGACACGCUGACCAGUAAGGCCAACCUAGCGUCGAGGUAUACGGAGCAGGGCCGGUGGGAGAAGGCCGAGCAGCUCGAGGUGCAGGUGAUAGAGACUCGCAAGAUAAAGCUCGGCGAGGACCAUCCCUCCACGCUGACCAGUAAGGCUAACCUGGCGUCGACAUAUAGGAAGCAGGGCCGGUGGAAGGAGGCCGAGCAGCUCGAGGUGCGGGUGAUGGAGACUCGCAAGAUGAAGCUCGGCGAGGACCAUCCAGAUACGCUGGAAAGUAUGGCUAAUCUCGCUUUCACCUGGAAAUCUUCAGCUCACGAUGCCGAAGCCAUAAAUUUACUACGAGAUUGCUUAACCAAGCAAAAGCAAACAGUCGGCCCAAACCAUCCCACUACUUUAUCUAAUUCUGAAACAUUGUUAGAAUGGGAAGUGGAGCGCUUGAAUAUGAAUGCAUAG